AUGGCCAAUAGUUCACAUAGCCUACACUCUAAUGUAGUGGGUGUGCACUACCGAGUUGGAAAGAAGAUUGGUGAAGGGAGUUUCGGUAUCAUCUUUGAAGGUAAAUCUACAACCUUUUCUCAUCAGUCAGUAGAAAGUACUUCUCCACUUACACGAGUACAAGCCAUUCAUGAAAAGAAUCACAUCUACCGUGAUAUUAAACCAGAUAAUUUUCUGAUUGGUCGUCCCGGAACAAAAAAUGCCAAUGUAAUCCAUGUUGUCGAUUUUGGUAUGGCCAAACAAUACCGUGAUCCAAAGACCAAGCAGCAUAUUCCAUAUCGAGAAAGGAAGAGUUUAAGCGGAACGGCUAGGUACAUGAGUAUUAACACCCACUUGGGAAGAGAGCAAUCAAGACGUGACGAUCUGGAAGCUCUCGGUCAUGUAUUCAUGUACUUUUUAAGGGGUGGCCUACCGUGGCAAGGACUUAAGGCAGCCACAAAUAAACAAAAGUAUGAAAAAAUUGGGGAAAAAAAGCAGUCAACUCCCAUUAAAGAAUUGUGCGAAGGGUUUCCAGAGGAGUUUGGAACCUAUCUCCACUAUGUUCGUAAGCUUGGCUUCGAAGAUAACCCCGACUAUGAUUACUUGAGAGAACUUUUCACCAAGGUUUUGAAAAAUUCCAACGAGGCAGAAGACGGUAUUUACGAUUGGAUGUUAUUAAACGGAGGGAAGGGAUGGGAGGCAAGCUCGCGGAAAGAUGACGGCACAUUGAAUCCUGAAACUAACACCCGCCUAACACUUCACGGAACCUCCUCUCAGCAAUAUAGUUCGAAUGCGGGCAUUCAUCAACCCAAUCAUCAUCAUCAUCUCG